AUCACUGAUAGAGAUGGCUAGACAGAUGGUCUAUAUAAAUGCCGGCCAGGUGGGAUGGGAUAGCCUUCUUUCCCCAUCACACAAACCGUUACUACUUUCAACCCAACAACUUUUAAUCAUCACUCUUCAACAAACCCGAGCUCAGUCUUUAAAUAACAGUAACUUAUCCCGCCUUUUUAAACUUUCGAAACCACUCGAAGAUGAAGAUCACCAUGCUUUUUGCUGCCCUUAUUGCUGCCAGCGGUGCUUUUGCUUCCCCUGCUCAAGCUGCUGGUGCCGCAACCGCCACGAAGGACCUUUUCGUCGGCGGUCAUGUCGGUGUUGGCGUUGGAGCUGGUGUCGGUUCUUGGGGCUACCCGUACGGCGCGUACCCCGGAUGGGGAGGUCACAACUACUACCCUUACGGUGGUUACCCUUACGGCGGCUACCCUUACGGUUACCAAUACUACCAAUGGUAAACACCUUGUAUUCGGCGGCCUGCGGCCUGGAAUCCUAGCGUGUCACAUCAUUCUAAUCAACAUCUUCAACCCACGAGUCGUUAUUACUACUUGAAAUGUUUUGCUUGCUCGCGCAAUUAAGUGAUGAUUUUGAUCCCCCA